AUGAUCAUUCCCGUUCGAUGCUUCACCUGCGGAAAAGUCGUCGGGAAUAAGUGGGAGGAAUAUUUGCAAUUGCUACAGGCUGAAUACGCUGAAGGUGACGCUUUGGAUGCCCUUGGAUUGAAAAGAUACUGCUGCCGACGAAUGUUGCUCACCCACGUGGAUCUGGUCGAGAAGCUUCUCAACUUCGCCCCGCUCGAAAAAGCGUGA